UCCUCUGGCCCAAAAGCUCCUUCGAAGGUUGAUGAUGUUCACAGUAUCAAGUCUGUCCCCAAAGAGAACAGUUCAUCUGAUGAUAUUGCAUCUAGAGCUGGGAUACAACCUAAAUGCAUGUCUAUGGACAGCAAAUCAUCUGAUGCCAUGUCUGCUGCCGAGGCGCAAAAACUUGAUACUGACACUGAUGAUGAUGGUGACCUUCCUUUUGAUUUGAGCAUUGAUUCUGGCUCAUUGACCUGCGUUGCUUGUGGAAUUCUUGGCUUCCCAUUUAUGGCAAUUUUGCAACCCUCCAAGAAAGCAUUGGAAGAUAUGUCCCUUGUUGAUAUAGAGAGAUUUAAGCUGAAUUGUGAAAAAGAGAACCAUUCAAAUGCAAUUCCAUGUUCUCCUGAUGAUAGCAUUUCAGGACAUCCAGUUAUUGCCAAAAGACCUUCCAGCCCUGUGGCACAGUCUAACUUCAGUCAUCAGAAUGCGGAAUCAGAUAAAGAUGGUGUGGGACUUGAUGGACCCCUACUACCACAUAAUAAUAGUGCACAUUCUUGCAAUAGUGAAAAUACCCUUAAUCCGGGCAUCAACACAGAGACAACUGAGACGAAAAUACCGAGUGCUCGUUUUGGUAUAGAAUUUAGUAAACAAACUGGCAGAGGUGAUAUUGAUGCACAAGCCACAGAAAGUUGCGGCAACACUGUUGACUGGAAUAUAACCUCUGCAUUUGUACGUCCCCGUAUCUUCUGCUUGCAACAUGCACUUGAGAUUGAGGAGUUGCUUGAAGGCAAAGGGGGUGCACAUGCUCUCAUCAUUUGCCAUGCAGAUUACACCAAGCUAAAAGCACUUGCAAUAUCAAUUGCAGAGGAAAUUGAGUUUCAGUUUGACUGUAAAGAUGUUCCACUUGCAAAUGCGUCCAAAUCUGAUCUACAUCUAAUCAACAUUUCAAUUGAUGACGAGGGGUACAAGGAAGAUGAAAGAGAUUGGACAACACAGAUGGGUCUAAACAUGAAAUAUUUUGCCAAGCUUAGGAAAGAAACACCAGGUUGCCAAGAGCAACCUCCUUUGUCAUUUUGGAAGAGAUUAGACAUCUCAGAUAAGCCUUCGCCUAUUUCUGUCGUUCCAAACCUCAAAUGGCUCUGCAGAAGAGCACGAACCCCAUAUAGGGUUGUUGGUUAUGCUGCCUGUCGUAAUGCCACAGUAGGUCCUGACGUGGUUAGCCCUGCAGUUACAAAGGCUGAGAUGGGCACUUCUGGAAAUGCUUACGAGAAUGCCAAAGAACAACGAACUGCUGAACAAGAUGCCCCUCUGGAGCCAAGUAGGUUACAAGAAGCUGACGAUGUUGCUGAUAUGCACACGUGUUCUGAGGACAUUGAUCAAGACAUGCAUUGUCUGAUUGGUAGCAAAAGGCAGCGAACCGCUGAACAAAAUGCCCCUCUGCAGCCAAGUAGGUUGCAAGAAGCUGACGAUGUAGUCGAUAUGCACACGUGUUCUGUGGACAAUGAUCAAGACAUGCAUCAUCUGAUUGGUAUCCCUGUUGCUGCUGCUGAAUAUCCGAUGACGCAUCAAGUUUGUGAAGGUACAGUAAGUGUUAGCACCUGUGAACUUGACGAUCUGGUAAGUGCUAGCACUAGUGAUGAUUCAAUUUGUUCAGCGCAUUCUCAGGAUUCACCUGGGGUGUCAGAUGACUUUACCACUGAACAGCAAUGUGUCCAGUCAGAUGAGUUGACUAGUUCCGUGGCUAUGUCCGCACAACAGUUCCUUGUAGAUGGAAGCAUGACUGCAGAAGACAGCAGCAAUCAUGAAAACUUGGGUUCUUAUAAUGUCACUUCAGAGUGCAAAGACAAACAGCUCCAAGUUCAACAGGAGCAGGAGAAUAUUGAACUUUGUAAUAAUGCUGGCAGAAACUUGGCCGCGGCAGUACAGGUCAAUUCCGGCCAUUUUGGUGACAAGGCCGUCAAUCUCGAGAGCGCUAUUCCUACUGAGUCACAGCAUGAGUAUCCGAAGAGAGAUGCCAUCGUUUUGGAAGGCAUGCAAGCUGCUUUGACGACUGUGGUCUCUGGAGAAAAUAGAAAUUCAGUUAACACAGAGUUGGAUUCUCUUGGUAUUUUACUUGGAGCUUUAGCAGAAGAAUCCAUUCUAGCUGAUGUUCCUGGAAAAGAUGAGGUUGACGAUGCUUCCUUGACAUUGAUGACACUGGCUAGCAUUGACCAGUCUGCAGGUGAUGUUGCACACAAUGAAGUUAUAGAGACGUCUAGCUCUUCCGUUGGCGCAUCUAUUUCAUGCAAGGGACGGACUUUGCCCAAUUUGGCAUCUGAUGGAUCGCUUAGGAUUCAGAAUGCUGAAAUACAAAAUAAACAAGAAAAUGCUGAAGAAGUUGGUGCCUGGAACUGCCAGGGUUUGAAGAACAGCAGAGGAAUACUUGACAGUUCAGCAAACAGUUUAUCUGAUACAGGCAAAAGUUCAGGCACACCAAAAGCUUAUCAACCAGACAUAUUGUCUAGAAGCAUUGGAAGCUCAAAAAGAACAAGUAUCAUAUGCUAUGUCAGACGCAAGCGCAAGCAAAAAAGAAAGAGGGAAUCUGAGUUAAGUACCAGUAAUUCGCAAAGUUUUGGGAGCUUUGCCCGCGCUCCAUGCGAGAGGCUGAGGCCCAGGAGGAAACCUGCAGUAAUUGAAGAGCCGGCAGAGCAGAUUGAAACCGCAAAACCUUCCGCUGCCGCAACCAAGGGCAAGAGGUCCAAGGUGGUGGAGUUAUUUCAGUGCGAGAUCGAUUUCUGCGACAUGACAUUCGAGAGCAGAGCCGAGCUCCGCGCCCACGAGCGCAACAUCUGCACCGACGAGUCGUGCGGCAAGCGCUUCCAGUCGCACAAGUACCUGAAGCGCCACCAGUGUGUCCACCGCGACGAGAGGCCCUUCAAGUGCCCCUGGGACGGCUGCGGGAUGACCUUCAAGUGGCUGUGGGCGCAGACAGAACACAUAAGAGUCCACACGGGGGAGCGCCCGUACGAGUGCUCAGUCCCUGACUGCGGGCAGACGUUUAGAUACGUCUCGGACUACAGUCGGCACCGGAGGAAGUUUAAUCAUUACUGAUUGGACGUCGCAGUCGGCACCGGAGGAAGUUUAAUCAUUACUGAUUGGACGUCGCAGCGGUGCUGGGGGGCAAAGGCUCCUCCUCCGGCUGGUGCUGCAUUGUGUGUUGAGGUACGUUGGUCCUUUGUUUGUUGUAGCAGGCUAGCAGCUCACGUAUUUAAUUAACCGCCCGAUGGCUGGUAGUCCUAGUGUUAAUUCCCUUCGUUAACAAUGUGCCAAGUGUAGUCUAGGAUGUAGAGAUAGAUUGGGGGGUAAAAGGCCAGAUGGCCCUUCAUUCUUUUUCUCCGUCAGUCCAGUCAUGUAUGUAAUCCCUUGAUAAAGUUUUAUCAAUUGCGAUGAUGCCGAAAUCUCCCUCAGUUGAGUCAUGUAUCUAAACUAAUCUAUGCUAAAGUUUAUCAAUGCAAUGAUGAUGACA